AUGCCGUCCUCAAGCCCUUAUCGAGCAACGGAACCGCCAGAUUCGCCGGUCCACGACUCCGAUUCAGAUGCCGAUUUAGACCUGCAAGAGCUCGAUCCCACCACCUCGUCGCACAGCACGAGCAGCAACCUCCUAGGACGCAACUCGAGCCCCGAACAACGCGCCCCGCGCAUUGCGCUGCGGAACCUUCGUAUGGGCGGGUUGAGGCGGACCAGUGGUAGGACAAGACGAGCCUAUGGCGACCUCGGACACAACAGGGACGGAGACGAGGAUGCCAUGGGCCUGCUGGACGACGGAGACGACCAGCCACAGCGCUAUUCCGACGGGAGCCGGAGCGCCGGCGAUGACGCCCCUUUACUGAACGAAGGCGCCCAUGGCUCCCGACGGAAGAGGUCCCUGUCCUUUGCCGGUGACAGCAUGCAAAAGUUGGGCGCCUCUCUCCGGCUACCGAGCUUCAUGUCAAAUGCCAGCACGACGCGAGACGACAACGAAGAUGCGGUCGAGCAGGAGGAAGAUGAUCCGUCGGCGUCUCGAAUUGUAGCAGUUGGAUCCUCGCAGUUGACUCGUUAUCCCCCGAACGUCGUGUCCAACGCCAAAUACACGGCUUUCACCUUCCUCCCCGUCACCCUAUACAACGAGUUCUCUUUCUUCUUCAACAUGUACUUCCUGCUAGUAGCCUUGUCCCAAGCUAUUCCACAGCUGAGGAUAGGCUAUCUAAGCACAUAUAUUGCACCUCUAGCUUUUGUGCUUAUGAUUACUAUGGGCAAAGAGGCUUUUGACGAUAUCGCGCGGCGGAGACGAGAUAACGAGGCCAACUCGGAGGAAUAUGCAGUGCUGCGCUUCGAUGAACCAGGGAGCCAGAGCUACCCUGCCUCGCGCUCGCCGCGGAACUUGAAGUCAUCGUCGAUGCGUAAAAGCCAAAAACGGUCUUCGAACCGCGACAGGCUGUCCGACAUCCAGGAAGAGGAGGAGCAGGCAGAGGGAUAUGGCCUCGGUCAACCAUCGUCUUAUGUAGAGGAGAUCAGCAAAAAGUCCAAAGAUCUACGCGUUGGUGAUGUUUUGAAGCUCAGCAAGGGGCAACGCGUACCCGCAGACGUCGUGAUUCUCAAGUGCCUGACCACGGAAGUCUCAACGGUGCCUAUUGAUCACCUCGAAACGGUCCAAGAGGAGUCGCUUCUUGUCGACACGGACGAGGACAAUCAGGCUUCCGGCAAGGGCAAAGAGGCUGAACAGGUCCAAACACCCAGCGAAGGUAACUCGAAUGGAGAGACUUUUAUCAGAACCGAUCAGCUGGAUGGUGAGACAGACUGGAAAUUACGAUUGACCUCUACCCUGACGCAGAAACUACCCAUCGAGGAGUUGGUCAGGUUAAGAGUCACCGGGGGCAAGCCAGAUAAGAAAGUGAACGAAUUCAUCGGCACUGUCGAAUUGAUGCCAUCGAGACAGCAGGCACUUGACCCGUACCCGGAUGAGGGCACCCAAAAUGAUAGGAGCAACUCAGCCCCACUAUCAAUCGACAAUACAGCGUGGGCCAACACUGUCAUUGCUUCCCAGGCCAUUACUCUCGCAGUCAUCGUCUACACCGGUCCUCAGACUCGUUCCGCACUGUCGACAUCUCCCUCACGAUCGAAAACAGGUCUUCUAGAGUACGAAAUCAACGCUUUGACCAAGAUCCUCUGCGCCUUGACUUUGGGCAUAUCUAUCGUUCUGGUAGCGUUGGAAGGCUUCGGCAAUACCGAAGGAAACGUGUGGUACGUCAAGAUCAUGCGAUUCUUGGUCUUGUUCUCGACAAUCGUCCCGAUCAGUUUGCGAGUCAAUCUGGAUAUGGGCAAGAGUGUGUACUCGUGGUUUAUUCAACGCGAUCCAGGUAUCCCUGGGGCGGUUGUGCGGACAAGUACCAUUCCGGAAGACCUAGGAAGAAUCGAGUAUCUUCUCAGCGACAAAACAGGAACACUGACUCAAAAUGAGAUGGAGAUGAAGAAAAUCCAUGUUGGUACCGUGUCGUAUGCCAAUGAGGCCAUGGAUGAAGUAUCUGCAUAUGUUAAGCAUGUUUUCGCCAGUACAGCUACCGAGUCCACACUGGUCUCUCCAUCGUCGUCUUACAGUACAACAGCUGGAGUCACCGCGACCCGUACAAGACGCGAGAUCGGAUCAAGAGUGCGUGACGUCGUUCUAGCAUUGGCCUUGUGUCAUAACGUCACUCCAACCACGGAAGAGGAAGACGGCCAAACUGUGACAUCUUACCAAGCUUCUUCGCCCGAUGAAAUUGCUAUUGUGCGGUGGACCGAAUUAGUUGGACUUCGUUUGGCAUAUCGCGACAGACAGAGCAUGACCCUCGAGUCGACCGACACUGGCAAGAUAGUCGUCAAGGUCAAGAUCUUGGAUGUCUUUCCUUUCACUUCGGAAGGCAAACGUAUGGGAAUCGUCGUUCAAUUCUGGGAGCAAGCUCACAACGCGCCGCAAAUGGACAAUUCUGAGAUCUGGUUCUACCAAAAGGGCGCCGACACGGUCAUGUCCUCUAUCGUCGCCGCCAAUGACUGGCUUGAUGAGGAAACUGCCAACAUGGCUCGCGAAGGUCUGCGAACUCUGGUAGUCGGCCGCAAGAAAUUAUCCGCUGUGCAGUAUCAAGAGUUUUCCAGCAGCUACCAAGACGCUUCUCUUGCCAUUAAUGGCCGCGAUGCAGGGAUGCAAAAGGUUGUCUCCGAGUAUCUGGAGCGUGAUCUUGAGCUUCUGGGCGUCACUGGUGUCGAGGAUAAGCUUCAAAGAGACGUCAAGCCAUCUCUGGAGCUCCUUCGCAACGCGGGCAUCAAGAUUUGGAUGUUGACUGGCGACAAAGUCGAGACUGCCCGCUGUGUUGCCGUCAGCUCAAAAUUGGUCGCACGUGGCCAGUACAUCUACACCAUCACGAAGUUGAAGAGGAAGGAUAACGCCCAGGAUCAUCUCGACUUCCUCAGGAGCAAGACUGAUUCUUGUCUACUGAUUGACGGCGAAAGUCUCGCUCUGUUCCUUACCCACUUCAGGACCGAGUUCAUCUCAGUGGCUGUGCAUCUUCCAACCGUUGUUGCAUGUCGAUGCUCGCCUACGCAAAAGGCCGAGGUUGCCAAACUCAUCCGUGAAUAUACUAAGAAGCGUGUCUGCUGUAUCGGUGAUGGUGGAAAUGAUGUGUCCAUGAUCCAAGCAGCAGAUGUCGGUGUCGGUAUCGUUGGAAAAGAGGGACGACAAGCCAGUCUGGCUGCGGAUUUCUCGAUCGAGCAGUUCUGCCAUCUGACCAAGCUCCUCGUCUGGCAUGGCCGGAACAGCUACAAACGAAGCGCCAAGCUUGCUCAGUUCGUUAUUCACCGUGGUCUUAUCGUUGCCGUGUGCCAGACAAUGUACAGUAUUGCGAUCAAGUUCGAACCCGAAGGAUUAUACAUUGAUUGGCUCAUGGUCGGCUAUGCCACUGUCUACACUGCAGCUCCCGUGCUAUCCCUGGUCCUGGAUAAGGAUGUCGACGAGAACCUAGCAAAUCUAUAUCCAGAACUCUACAAGGAGCUAACCUCGGGGCAAUCUCUGUCUUACCGCACCUUUUUUGUUUGGGUGUUUGUCUCCAUCUACCAAGGCGGCAUGAUACAAGGCCUAUCACAAAUCCUGACCGAGGUCGACGGGCCAAGAAUGGUUGCAGUCAGUUAUACAGUCCUGGUCCUGAACGAACUGAUCAUGGUCGCCAUGGAAAUCACGACUUGGCACCCGGUGAUGAUCAUAACCAUCGUGGGCACGUUCUUGCUCUAUGCGGGAUCAGUUCCUUUCCUCGGUGGUUAUUUCGAUCUAGACUUCAUUCUCACUUGGGGCUUCGUAUGGCGCGUGUUUGCCAUUGGGGCGAUUUCACUUAUACCACCGUAUGCGGGCAAACUGAUCAGAAGGGCAAUGAAGCCGCCAUCGUACAGAAAGGUUCAAGGGAUCUAA